GUUGACACCAAUUAGCAUCAACAGACUGUGUUGCAACAGCUGUUGCGAAAAAUCAAUUUUGCAAAUCCGCCUGUGUCUGUGCACGUAUUUUAUUUAAACUAUAAGAAAAAUGUCCUCCAAUGCCGACUGCUUUGUUGUGCUACCCGUUAACUGUGCAUCUGACUCUCUAAUUUUCGGUCGCAAUGCCGAGGACGCAGACGCCGUAGGCGGCUUAGGCGUGUCAACGGAAGUCUGCUACUAUGAUGUCAGCGACGUUCUGGAGGGGAAGACUGAUGGCGGCGCUGCUUUAGAGCCGUCGGCCGAUGCUCUGCGCGUUAUAUUGCAAAAACCGAAGCCGGCCCUUUGGGGCGGCGACUUUGGUGCUAACGAACGAGGCGUGGUCGUCAGCUUGACAUGGAGUGAUGGGGAACAGCAGGCGGCAGACAGCGACAGCUUGCUGGGCACGGACAUUGUGCGCAUCACGCUGGCCGAGUCCAACGAGGCGGAGGCGGCCGUUGACCGUAUUGGGGCUUUGGUAGCCAAGCACAGCAAUGACAGUGCCAAGCUGAACUUUAUAGUGUGUGAUCCCACGGCUGCCUGGAUAUUAAGCAGCGCCGGCAAAGUCUGGGCCGCCGAGAAGCUGCAGGCCAGCUGCCUGCGUGUGCCCAGCGGCGGACUAACCGUAACCACAACCAUUGACAAGUCCAGCGAGGGCUUGGAUACGGCCGCUAACUUUGCGGCUGCUCAUGAUGCGGAGGCGCAGGCGCCUGAAGUCGAUUGGUGCGGCCCGAAACCCGACGGUGAUGGCAGUUACACGCAGCAGAAUAUGUUCGAGACGCUGCGCGUGGCGAGCGGUGCUGGGUCUCGAGCGGCAAACGUUUCAAUGCUCAGCAGCAAGGGCAGCUCAAUUUCGUGCCACUGGUUUACUGGCACGCCAAAUGCCGCCGAGUCAGUGUUCAAGCCGUUUGUAUUUGCGCCCAAGCCGCGUAUAUCGCCGCUGACCCAGGUGCAGGCUGACGCAGAGCAGACGCUGCUGCAUAGUCUGCAUGCCAAUCGUAAACCGGCUGCAUUGGAGCAUUUGAGGAGCUUGGAGCGCUCCUGUGUCGAUGAAUUGAACAACUACUUUUCGCUCCAGGAUCAUGCCAGCGAUGAGCUGGACGAGCUGCUCAAGGAUUGCGUUGAGGCCGAGGUCAAGUUCUAUCGCUAGACCAAACAAAAGGCGCAUCGCAUC